UGGACCGAUGUGGCAGAGCUGACGCCAGAAAGAGCGGGACAGGCGGUGCUGGUGCGGGCGCGUGUGCACACUGUACGCGGCAAGGGCAAAAGCGCCUUCCUGGUGCUGCGUCAGGCCACCGCCACCGUUCAGGCAGCACUGUUUGUGGAUGACGUGAACGUGAGUAAGGGCAUGGUAAAGUAUGCCUCCGCCAUCCCCCGCGAGUCCAUCGUGGAUGUGGAGGCCACGCUGGUACUGCCACAGGCGCUCAUCGAGGCCUGCUCGCAGUCGCAGGUCGAGCUGCAAGUGACGGCCAUUCAUGUGGUCAGCCGCUCCGCACCGCUGCCAUUCGAGGUGACAGAUGCAGCACGCAGUGCCGAGGCAGUACGCAAGGCGGCUGAGGCGGGCAAAGUGCUGGUCACAGUGGGGCAGGAUGUGCGGCUGGAUAACCGUUACGUAGACCUACGCACUCCUGCCAACCAAGCCAUCUUCCGAGUGCAGUCAGCAGUAUGCCAUCUGUUCCGGGAGAGCCUGCAGGGACAGGGCUUCAUCGAGAUCCACACACCCAAGCUGUUGUCGGGCGCCAGCGAGGGCGGCGCCGCUGUCUUCCACUUUGAUUACAUGGGGCGCCCGGGCUGCCUGGCACAGUCGCCUCAGUUCUACAAGCAGAUGGCCAUCUGCUCUGACCUGGCUCGCGUGUUUGAGAUUGGCCCCGUCUUCCGUGCCGAGAACUCCUACACUCACCGCCACCUGUGCGAAUUCACGGGGCUGGACAUGGAGAUGGCCAUCCAUGAGAGCUACCAUGAGGUGCUGGACGUGUUGGACGCGCUCUUUGUGCACAUGUUCAAGGGCUUGAACGAGCAGUAUGCACGCGAGCUGGAGGUGAUUGGAGAGCAGUAUCCCUUUGAGCCCCUGAAGUUCCUGCCCAAGACGCUGCGUCUCACCUUUGCAGAGGGCAUCCAGAUGCUGCAGGAGGCGGGUUACGACGUGGACCCGUUUGGCGACCUCAACACCGAGCUGGAGCGUGCCCUGGGCAAGCUGGUUAAGGACAAGUACAACACGGAGUUUUACAUGCUGCACCGCUACCCGCUGGCCAUCCGUCCCUUCUACACCAUGCCCUGCAAGGACGACAACCGCUACUCCUGCUCCUUUGUUAUCUUUAUCCGCGGCGAGGAGAUCAUCUCGGGGGCGCAGCGCGUGCACGACCCGGUGCUGCUGACGCAGCGGGCAGUGGAGCUGGGCCUGCCGGUGGAUACCAUCCAGUCGUACAUCGACUCUUUCAAGUACGGUGUGCCACCGCACGGCGGCGCGGGCGUGGGCAUGGAGCGCGUGGUCAUGCUGUUCUGCGGGCUGGACAACAUUCGUAAGACCUCCAUGUUCCCCCGCGACCCGAAGCGGUUAACACCCUGAGACUUGGCCACAAUCUCCCCACAGCUUCGCCGUUCGGCUCCACUCUCGGCAACCGUGUGCUCGGCAGUCUGCUACAUGCGAACAACAAUUUUUCACAAUGAAAUCAACUGUAAUCAGGUCUCCGAUU